AAAUAGACUGAAGUUCAGGUUUAUGAGCGCGUUAUCAACUGAACAUUGCUCAGGGUGUGAUCACUUACUGAUCGGGCCCAUGAAAUUCAGAUGUUCGGUUUCGCAGUAACCAGACUCGGGAGUCCAGCUCCAGAAUCAGACUAGCGGUGAGAGAUUUAUUGGAAGAGAAGCCACAAAUGGAAUCAAACCGCGAAUGAAGAUGAGGGAACAGAAACAAGUGAGCCAGCCCGAGGACUGAAAGCAUCAACUGGAGAGAACCCUUCUGACACAAAGUUUCUAUUGAUUCGGUCAGGAGAAAGUUUGAAAGCAGCAAAUCUUGAUCACAACUGUCCUCAAAAUGGGUCAAGGAUCGAGUGCAGGAGUUCCAGUGACGUCAACAUCGGGAAAGCACACGGGUCCGAGCUCAGUGAUCACAGAGCUCCUGGCAGGCUGGGACGAUUUCCAGCUGCUGCAGCUGACGGAUUUCUACCGGGACAGGCUGGAGCAGGCGAUGGAAGGAGGGGUGCACGGAGUGAGCCUGGCGUUAACGGCCGAGAAUCAGUUCAGCGGAGAGGAACAUCGGAAAAUCUCUGAUCUCGCUGAUAAGGGAGAGCGGGCGGACAGUUCUAAACUCCUCCUGAGCCUGGUGAUGGAGAAAGGCUCCCGCGCCCGGAGGGUGAUGUGGGAAACCUUUGUGAAAAUGCGGAUUGGUGUCCCAAAGUUUGACAAAAUACUGAAAGAAAUACAGGAACAUGGUUGUGUUCCGGUUCAUCGACCCGUGCCGGAGAUUCCCAGAGAGCUGAAAGAUGUUCAACAGAAACACAAGGAGACUCUGCAGGUACAAACUGAAACACUGAGAGUCAACACGAUCCUGAUGAGGGAGAAGGUGAAGGUUUUCCAGCUGGUUGAUCGAUACGCUGAGCUCACGGUCAUUUCUACUGUUCGAGAUCGGAGACUGGUGGAACAUGAGCUGCUGGCAAGAGGCAGAGACCACGAGGAGUGGAGAGAGGAACAUCUCCGUAGAAAGCUGGAAAAAAUCCGGACAGACCAGUUGUUCCAGAGCAGCUUUUCCCGGAGUAAAUCCAAAUCUGGGAGUUCGGCAGCAGUGGCUGGAGUCCCGGGGAUCGGGAAAACAACACUGGUACAAAAGAUUGUUUAUGACUGGGCCACAGGGAAAAUAUUCCAACAAUUCCAGUUUGUCUUUGGUUUCAAAUUCUGGGAUUUAAACUCUAUUAACUGCAGAAUAAACCUGAGGGAACUGAUUCUGGAUCAGUAUCCUUACUUUGGGAAUAUCCUGAGAGAGGUCUGGAAGAACCCAGAGGGAUUGCUGUUUAUAUUCGAUGGUUUGGAUGAAUUCAAGCACAGAAUCAAUUUUGCUGACAGUCAGAGAGAUACAGAACCCAAGCACCAGUGCCCAGAUCCCGAGUGGUGGUGUGAAGUGUCUGACAUUGUGUACAGUUUAAUCCAGGGCAAGCUGCUCCCAGGGUGUUCAGUGCUGGUGACCACCCGUCCCACUGCGUUACAUCUAUUGGAAAAGGCUGAGAUCAGUGUCUGGGCUGAAAUCCUGGGAUUUGUUGGUGAGGAACGGAAGGAAUAUUUCAUCAGACAUUUUGAAGAUCAGACGGUGGCAGAAGCUGUUUUCAAACACGUGAAGGAGAACGAGAUCCUGUACACCAUGAGCUACAACCCCUCCUGCUGCUGGAUCCUCGCUCUGGCACUGGGCCCCUUCUUCACACAAAGAGUCAGGGACCUGCAGCGAGUUCCCAAGACCAUCACUCAACUGUACUCCUACUAUAUUUACAACAUCCUGAAAAACCAUGGCCGUGAGAUUGAGAACCCCCGUGAUGUGUUUCUCAGGGUUGGUCAGAUGGCCUUCAGAGGAGUGUCCGAUAAGAAGAUUGUGUUUACAGAUGGAGAUUUGAUCAAGUACAAUCUUCAGCCUUCCCAGUUCCUGUCCGGGUUCCUGAUGGAGCUUUUGGAGAGAGAGGAUUCUGCCCGGAGCGUGGUGUACACAUUCCCACACCUCACCAUCCAAGAGUUUGUAGCUGCAGUCGCACAAUUCCUGAAUCCACAUCCCGGGGAUAUCCUGAAAUUCCUCACUGAGUCCCACAGCACAACAGAUGGGCGAUUUGAGGUGUUUCUCCAUUUUGUUGCUGGUCUCUCCAACCCAAUGACAGCUCGGGGCCUGGAGGAGUUUCUGGGUCCAUUUCCUCAUCAAACAACCUGCCGGGUGAUUGACUGGGUGAAGGAGGAGGUUAAACACCAGAGUGGAAACACGAGGAGUGAAGCUGGUAAAAGGAGCCUCCUGAACACAUUGCACUACCUGUUUGAGUCUCAGAAUCGUGGACUGGCUCAGGCCACACUGGGAUCUGUGGAAAGACUUUCAUUCAGCGGAAUGACACUGACCCCGAUUGACUGCGCGGUCCUGUCUCAUGUCAUCGGACUCUGUGAUACAAUAAAACACCUCGACCUGGUGAACUGCCACAUUCAGUGUGAAGGAAUCCAGCGGCUGGGACCCGGGCUGCACAAGUGCCAGGAGUUGAGCCUUAGUGAUAAUGAACUGGGAGAUUCAGGAGUGAAACUGGUGUCUGCGGCUCUGAGGAACCCGGAGUGUAAAAUACAGAAACUGCGGCUGGACAAUGUCGAUCUCACAGAUUCUGGUGUCGAGGAUCUCGUCUCCGCUCUCAGUACAAACCCAUCACUGACGCUGCUGAUCCUGGGAUACAACUCGCUGACAGACCGAUCUGUCCCCGCUCUCUGCCGCCUCAUACUGACCCUCCCGAGUCUGGAGUGGAUCGGGCUGCGGGAGAAUCAGUUCAGUGAGACCGGGAGGAAGGAACUGAGAUCUCUGCAGGAACCCAGACCAGGAGUGAGAGUGAUCAUGUGAACAUCAGAAUGUGUGAACAUCCCUGCCCGCGAGAUGCAUACAUUUUGGCCGAUUCCCACCCUCCCCUUUAACCGCCCCCCCUCACCUUCCCCUUACCUUUAAUGGCCGCGCGCCAGGUUUAAUUCCCAACGGUUUUAACGGAAUUGGCUCCAGUCUCACGCUGUAUGUCGUUAAUUGUGCUCCCAUAGUGACGUAAUUCCGCCUCCUGUCCAGCGGCGCUGUUUCCGCCGAAUGUGCGGGUUCGAGACCCCUCCCACGUGAGACCCGGGAAGUUACACAGACGGAAGAACCCGGGGGCCGGAUUGAGAAACGGGACGGAUUGUUCAACCGGUCACUCGUUGUCGCCGGUCAGUUAAUUGUGUGUGUCUGUGAGUGAAUUGGGAGCAGCUUAUUUAUUCCCGCACGUCAGCAGCUCACACAUUGUGUAAUUUACAUUUGUCAUGAUGAAAUCAAUAAA